AUGGCAAAUGACGGGCUGCACAUUAGCGAGCUUGCAGGAGGCGAUAUUCUCAAGCGCAUUCUGGCGAUAGCAUGCCGCAGCUAUUUGGCGCAGACGGUCGGGAUGGACAACUACAUGAAGGCGGUGCAACUGGCAGCUGUGUGCCAGAGCUGGCGGAGGAGUGCGAACCGGCUGCUCUCCCGCAUUAUCAUUGUCCAGAACGUGAAUGCCAUCCCGAAGAACCAAAGGUCCGCGCCGGCAUCAGCCGCAAAGAGCAGAUGGGUGUCGAACAUUGGCAGCAUAGUCGCAGCUGGCAUGUCAGAUCGCGCUAAAGAUAUGCGAGUAAUAGGCGCUUUUGACACGCAGGGUGCUGUGCUGAAUGAAGUCCUUGAGACCCUGGGGUUCAGCGCUGGCCAGUGGGAUAAUGUGCGGUCGAUUACAUUUGUCGGGGGCAUAUUUUCAGUUGGCACUGCCUCGGUUGGCGAGGUAGCACAUUCAGCGUGUGCUUACCUUGGAAAGCGGCUGCCUGGACUUGUCGAGGUUGACCACACGCAGCUGGCAGCGGCGAAUUCGCUACAAGGGGUGGUUUCCAACAUGCUUAUUCGGCACUUUCUGCCGCAGCUCCAUACGCUUCAUAUCUGGUACCCGUUUCCGGUAGUUGGGCUAAAGUGCAUUCCGCAGAACGUAACCAAGGUACGGAUCGACGCUAGUCUCCUUGCGAACCUACCAAAGUUCCCACAAAUCCCUGCUCCGCAGCUGCGCCAGAUGGAGAUAUUCGAGCUCGAUGGCGAGUUUAGGUGGAGCAUGUUUGCGAGUGACCCCACCAACAGCCAAGCGAUAUUCGAGAACUUGGAGGAGCUCAAACUAGAGUAUAGCUAUGGCGAGCCCGAAUCAUUAUCUGUCAUUCAAGACGAGCUACAAAUGGCGUUCCCUAAGCUGCGCAAACUGGUUGUGGAGAACGUGCUGAUGUUUUACUCCGACUUCUACACGCUGUUCCACGACUCACCACUCAGGUCGCUAGAGCUCCGCGAGUACCUUGACAUGCUGCACGACGUGGAUCCGCAGGUUAUUGCCCAGGUGGACGAGCUGCACCUGAUUAUCUGCGACGAAGAUCUGAAUUUGUCCGAUAUGAGUUAUCAGGACAUCACAAAGUUCUUUAUGACCAGAUCCCCUGUACAGCAUGCAGAGCUCCUGCUGGGUGGGUUGCCACUACCCAUUCCCGAGGGCAUUCUAUGGUCAGAGCUACGCCAGCUGACAAUCGAAACUGAGUUGAUCGAUUGGACGGGCUUUGCACGAAUGCUGAGCCAGUUGCCUCACUUGUGGUCCAUCGAGAUCCUGCGGUCCACCAUGGUCAGCCCUGACGAAGGACCCGACGUUAUUGUGGAGAGCACUGAUCCCAUCAGCACGAGCCUGCAGACGUUUGCAAUUAGCUCGUAUGCGCUAGUCCUGAGUGCAUCAGAUGUAGCGUGGGUGCGGCUGCUGAUUGAGCGUGCGCCGGUGCUGAUGAAACUCGGCCUUCCUCCAAGCUACAUUGAGAGAUUUGAGGCGUAUGCCGAGGAAGCUGGCAAAUGCAUUGGCGUUUUUGAAAAGCAGCAUUUUGGCACGCUCUAUCACUGA